CUCCUCGGGCUCGGCACCACGUGAGCGCCGCUGUGUGUAGGUGUUGGUGAGUCAGACGCAGCAGCAGCAGCCGCGCGUACAUCGCGCACUGCCGCCGAUCGUCGUCGUCGUCUUCCCGCGAGAGACUCUUUCCGGCGGCGCUCUCCGGCGCCGAGCCCGCGGCGGCGGCGGGGGCAGGUGGAUGAAUGUAGUCACCGAGGUGCCAUCGGGUCUCGUCGUCUUCUGCUCGUCCGCCGGUGGCCGCGCCGCCCGUCCCCUUAUCUCUCGGGCGCGUUCGCGUCGAGCGAGCGAGCCAAGGGGUGGGUGGUGGUGGUGAUGGUGGUGGUGGUGAUGAUGAGGCCUCUCUGAAUCUCGCCGUCGCUCGUGAUGGUGGUGAUGUUGACGGCUUUUUGUUGUUCGCCUCCGCGGGCGAGGUGGGCAUUCUUGAAAAGAAGGCCGCUCAUUGACGGCUGGAGGCGAGGUCUGCGGGAGGAGGGAAGGACGGCAUGAGCACGUGGCCACAGUGAGCAAACCUGCUGAGGCCUCCUGUCCGACCGGGGGAUUAGGCCCCCACUGUGGAAGGGCGGCCACCGGGCACCCUGGCCUCCUCGCUGCCCGCCUCGCCCCGCACGUGCUCACUCCAGCAGCAGGGCGGUCCUGACUGCACCCCGGCCAGGGCACGGCCCUGCAGGACCCAACAGGCGGACGAGGAAUGAGGUCAUCCCGCCAGGACCCAGACCAGCGCCUGCCCCAGCCAGGAGUAUGGACCAUCUGCCCACGCGCGGCCUUGGGUUCUGAUUCCCGCGGUGAUGAGACUACCCACGCCCUGAAAGCCCAGCUGGGACUGCUCCUGGGGGAGAGGAGCGCGCCCUCCACCCCCGCCACUCCGCGCUCCCACGGACAGAGGGGGCACAUGGGGAAGAGCCCUCCCUCCGCUGUGACGAGUGGAUCGGCCUCUCCACACGCAGCCAGCCCGUGCCACUCGCCUGCUCGAGAGGGAGCUCUUCCACCUGGGGAGCUGAGCCCAGCCCACCUGCUACCCACGCCCAGCUCCACGCUGGAGAGCCAGGACAGCGGCAUCAUUGCCACAAUCACGAGGUCGGGCGGCAGCCUCGAACAGAUGGAGGAAGGAAGCCCCCCGGAUGACAUGGCCGAGUUUGGCCAGCCCGAAUUAUCAGGUGCUGCUGCUUAUGCCGAAAAGGGGGACAUUGCAGCCCAGCAAGAGGCCACCCAAGGUUGCCGGUCGAAUAGUUACUCGCGCUUGCGUGCCUCGCCUCCUUCGCGCUCACCCGACAGCCUGAGCGUAAUGAAAGAUUCGCCGCAGAGCAACGUGCUUCCAAAGGACCGAUCCCAGAAACGCAGCUUUUCCCACGACUUCAGCGACGACGAAGAAGACGACGGUGACAUGGAUGGCACCGAAGUGUGCUCCCUGCUGGGCCUAACGGGGCCCUAUGGGGUGGGGACCGAGGGGGAGCCUCCCCCCUACAGGGCGGCCACACGGAGGCUGAGCCAGAGCGCCGAUCAGGGCCUGGAUGUGCCCCCGCCCCCCACCGCCCGCCGCUCGCCGUCCCUGCUCGCCCCGCGACCCAACUCCAUCGCAGCGAGCAGCCUCGCUCGUCUCGAGGAUUUGGGCCCACUGGACGAGCCGCGCGGGGAGCCGCUGCACGCCUCCAUGAGGACUCCACGCCAGCCCCUGGUGGCCCCACACUCCCAGCCUCUACACAACAUGGCGGCGCGACUUCCCUCCUGCAAGCCGGUCGACGCUGCCCUCAAGCCGCUGACCUUCGAGCUGCCGAGCGUGGCGGGCGAGGUUUCUUUCGUUGGGCGAGAGUGGCUCUUCCGUGAGCUGGAGCUCCGGCUGGGAGGUCGGGCAUCGGGCGGCGGCAGCGGCGGAAGCAGCAUCGGUGGCAGUGGAGGAGUUUUCAUCGUCGGGGGCGUUGGAUCUGGGAAAACGGCGAUUGUGGCUCGUUUGGUGCGACUUAGCUGCCACGGGGAGACGGCUGCAUCUCGGAAUGUUGAUGAGGGGAGGGAACGGAUUGGGCCCGCCUGCCGGGGAGGCAACAGCAGCUACAACCCCGCACAGCAUCUGAGGAGCGACGAUCCCGCCAGGAGGCUAGCAGCCAAGGUGGUGGCCUAUCACUACUGCCAGUCGGACCGCGCGAGCACGUGCCUGGUGCCCGAGUUCGUGCACAGCGUGGCGGCGCUGCUGUGCCGGGCGCCGCAGCUGGCAGCAUACCGCGAGCUGGUGGCGCGCUCGCCCGAGCUGCAGACGGCGCUCUCCAUGCGCUCCUGCGUGCAGGAGCCCGGGGCGGCGCUGCGCCUCGGAGUCCUCCAACCGCUGUCCACCCUACGCAAGGAGGGGAAGCUGGCAGACAGAGACAUGCUGCUGCUGGUGGACGGGCUGCACGAGGCCGAAUUCCACAAGCCCGACCACGGCGACACCAUCGCCUCCUUCCUGGCCGUGCACCUGCCUGCGUUCCCCCCACGCCUCAAGCUGGUGCUCACCGUCCGCACGGCCAGCCAGGAUGUGACGGCGCAGCUGCCGUUCCCGGAGAUCCUUCUGGACCCAGGCCUGGGCGGACCCGCUAGGGCCCCCGAGGUGGCAGGGCCCGAGGACGACCUGUGCAGCUACGCGGUGCGCCGCGUGAGCGGAGGCUGCCAGACGCAGGCCGGGGUGUGGCAGGCGUGGAGGCCCCCAGGCCCGGACGGCGCCGAGAUGACCCAGAUGGCCGACAUGGCCCCACGCCUUGCGGCGAUGGCGCAUGGCUGCUUCCUCUACCUCCGUCUGGCCCUCGACCUGGUCAAGCAGGGAAAUCUGUCGCUCACGGGGCCUGGGUCAAAGGAGCUGCCGUGCUCCCUGUCGGAGCUCUUUGAGCUGCAGUGCAACGCGCUCUUCCCAAAGCGGGCGGACUUCAUGCGCGUUCUCCCUCUCCUCAACGUGGCACUGGCAUCCCUGCAGCCCCUUAGUGAGGCGCAGCUACUCCAGGCACUGCGCGCCGGCCACGUGGGCCCACCGCCCCCCGGCAGCCCCGCCGCCGACUUCCCGGCCGUCUUGGAGAAGGUGUCGCCGCUGCUGGCGCGUCUCCCUGACGGCACCCGCAUGUUCCGACACCCGGCACUGCGCGAGUGGCUCGCCUGGAGGCAGGAUGGCAAGAGCAAGAGGUUCCUCUGUGAGCCCAGGAGUGGGCACGCACUGCUCGCCAUGGCUCUCUCACGUCAGGGCGGCACGCUAAGUCCAGAGCAAACCUUGGAGCUGGGACACCACAUCCUCAAAGCACACAUCUACAAGGGUCUUAGUAAGCGACCAGGCAUCUCGUCCAGUGUGCUACAAGCCUUGUGGGUGGCGCACAGCACCGAUGGCCUUUCGGCAACCCUUACCUCCCUUCGCAACCUCUACACACCCAACAUCAAGGUGUCGCGGCUGCUGAUCUUGGCGGGCGCGGACGUGGAGAGCGGCACGGAGGCGCUGUCGGGCGCACCGCUGCUGUGCGUGCACGCUCACCUGGGCCACGGCGACGCUGUCUCCCUGCUGCUGGAUGCUGGCGCGUGCCCCGACGGCACGGGCGCCAGCGGCGUGGCGGCGCUCAGCCAUGCCGCCGCCGCGGGCCACACAGACGUUGUCGCCAGGCUCUGCCACGGGGAUGCCCAGGUGCCGCGCAUUGACCGGGAGGGCCGCUGUGCCCUGGUGCACGCCGCACUGCAAGGCCACUUGGCCACCGUGGAAUUUGUGGCCACCAUGGACUGGAGCCAGCCAGAUGAGCCAGAUCAGCCGGGUCAGCAGGGUCAGCCAGGUCAGAUCAGCAAGAGGCAGGCGGCCCAGCAGGCGCUCACCGCCGCUGCCAGCAUGGGCCACGUGGAGGUCGUGGAAUACCUACUAAGUCUUCCAUCACUGUCAAGUGAGCACGAAGAGGAGGAGGAAGAGGGUGGGGAAGGGAGCCGUGUACAGAUCGAUGCCUUUGACACCCUGUGGGGAGAAACAGCGCUGACGGCGGCAGCGGGCCGCGGGCGGCUCUUGGUGUGCGAGCUGCUGCUGGAGCGAGGGGCGUUGCUCUCCCAGGCCGGUCGGCGAGGGGUCACGCCGCUCAUCAGCGCCGCCCGGCAGGGCCACUGGCAGGUGGUGCUGCUCCUCCUGCGGCGCGGGGCAGAACCAGACGCGCCGGAGAGGCGAGGCCGGACAGCGCUCAUGGCGGCCGCUUGCGAGGGCCACACCAACACCGUGGACGUGCUCCUAUCCAGGGGUGCAAAUGUGUCUGUGGCAGACCACGAGGGGCUCAGUGCCCUGAGCUGGGCCUGCCUGAAGGGCCGCCUGGCCGUGGUGCAGACGCUGCUGGCGCACGGCGCUCCGGUGAACCACGCCGACCGGAGUGGCCGCACACCGCUGGGCCUGGCUGCCUUCCACGGCGACGCCGAAGUGGUGCAGUUCCUGCUGGAGCAUGGAGCCAAUAUGGAGCAUGUGGACGAGAGUGGCAUGCGACCGCUGGACCGUGCAAUCGGCUGCCGGAAUACGGCCGUGGUGCUUGCUCUGCUCAAGAAGGGUGCAAACCUAGGCCCCGCCUCCUGGGCCAUGGCGACGUCGAAGCCGGACAUCACGGUGCUGCUGCUCAACCGCGUGAUCGAGGAGGGGAACGAACUUUACAAGUCGGGGCGGAUGAAGGAGGCAGCUCAGCGCUACCAUUUGGCGCUGAAGAGGUUCCCCCGAGAGAGCUUUGGGGAGGAGCUGGGCACCUUUCAGGACCUGCGCGUCACCCUCUACCUCAACCUGUCUCGCUGUCGCCGCAAGCUCAAUGAUUAUGGGCUGGCGGAGGAGUUUGCUACGAAGGCCCUGGAGCUGAAGCCAAGGUCGCACGAAGCGCUGUACGCCCGGGCACGUGCCAAGCGCAGCAGCAGGCAGUUCCUCGCGGCGCUCGAGGACCUGCAGCACGCGGCGAGACUUUACCCCGAGAACCGUGAGGUGGCGCGCCUCCUGGCGCGCGUCAUGGACGAAUGCCGGCAGCAGCAGCAGCACAUCGCUCACCAGGAGGAGCCGGCGGAGGAGGAAGAGGAGCCGGAGGAGCAAGAAGCAGAAGACGAUCAAGUGGCUGCCAUGCCAAACGAAGAGGUCUGCUACCCGGGACCCCCCAGCGCAGAGCAGCGCUAUGGCGAGCGACAGGGAAGGGGGGACGGCAGUUACCCGGAGCCCAUGUUGCAAAGGGCCGUGUCCAUCGCAUACGGAGAGUUUGACUGUGAAAACGCUUCUCCCCCGACCACGCGCAUUCUGCAGCGCUGCCGGUCGUUUGUGCUGCCGGACGAAGACACGCAAUGGCACGGAGGUCUGCAGCAGGACAUGAGGGCCAAGUGCCAAAUAGGGACUGACGUUUGCGGACAGGCGGAGAUCAGGCGCGGGCUGCAGACCCUCAUGAUGCCCCGUUCACGACACGACUCCGGCCGCGGGGACCAAAUGCUGAUGUCGUCGCCAGCCCCCAUGCAGUGGCUUGGGAACAGAGACAAUGGGUAUUCUGACAUGGACAUGCAAUACGAAGCGCCGGUCCCCGCCCUGCACAGGGCCGCGAGCUACCAGAGCUGCAACGUGCCCAUCUGCCAGCAGAAGGUGGACCUCGCCGGCAACAGGCCCUUGCAGUCCGUAAGGUCCUGUGGAGAGUGCAUCGCUGACCAAUACAUGGAGAUGAAUGUGCCACCUUCUGCUAUGUUUGGCUGCGGCGAUGUUCAACAGUGCAUGAGCGGUGGGGCUUAUGAUGUACCUGACCAUCAACAGAGCAGCAGUAAAUCUAGAUUGUGCGGUGACCUCGGAAGCAACGCAUACAGCUGCCCCGUUGGCAUGGGCCCUUCCGAGUUGCGACGCCUCAACACCACCCUGUGCCCUUCGUCCCUUUUGUCUGUGAAUGCCGGCUUGCGCGCCUCCACCCCCUGCCUUGCCGAAGGAGGCGGCCGCUCCUACAGCUGCAACCAGCGAGAUGAGUUUCGCACCUGUACCAUGCUGGGCCCCCGAUCGUCCAGGACAGAGGAGCGCCUCUCCAUGGAAUCCCCUCCGUACGGCCAGUGUGACAGCAAGGGCUAUUCCAGGCCCUUCAUGGGCAUAGCGGACAAGAGGGUGAGGACGCAGCCGUCCCUCCAGCAGCCGUCCCUCCAGCAGCCGGUCCCCUUGUCCCAGUGCCCGCCGAUGCCAACUCGUCAGCAGAGUAGGGGCUGGCUCACUUCGUCCGUGGACCUCAUCGUGUCAAACCCAGCGCCCUGCACCAGUAACGAUUAUUACAACAACGACGACCACGGCCUGUCGUCCUCGGCAGGAUUGUGGCAAUCGGAGAGCGUCGCUCAGUGCGGUCGCCCGAACGGAGGGGCCUUCAGCUGGCAGGCGAGCGAGCCGGACCCGUACGCUCCGCACCCCCAGAGAGGCAGCGGCGGCGUCGUCAUGCCGGGCAGGCGGUUCGCGCGGGAGAGCUCGACGUGUUACGAAGACGCUUGCGGGAUUUACGGCUACCAGGAGAGCGUGGGUGCAGUUGUGGAGCGGGUGGUGAGGCAACCGAGGCCGCCCUGCCGCUCCCCUCUCUUGCCAAAGCGUCCUUUUGUCGAAUCCAAUGUUUGAAGGCGUCGCGGGACAUUUUUUUCCCUCCCAUUAUUUUUUUGAACUUGGUAUUGAAGCAGAGUUUGACUUUAAAAGUUUACAUUUACUUCCAUGCCCAUCAGUAUCGACUUGCGUUUACCUUAAUAACCUGUUUUAAAGAAUAAAUCGUGUAUUGUUAUUUAAGACAAUGGAGAAUGCAACUUAAGUCAGCCAUAUUUGUAAUAUUGUAAUAUUUGUUGUUUCGGAGUGCGGGGAUGGGUGGCGGCGGUGAGACGGAGUCGGGACUUUAUUUCUGCAGUUGAACCACUGUCAACUUAAAAGGAGUUUCAUUACAAUUAAUGUUCAUUCCUAAAAAUAUCAAUUUAUGCUUUUGUGAUGCCAAUGUAAAAGCAUUGCUUUGUGAAUUAUAGAAUUAGUUUUACGGACGAUAUCCCUCGAUUGUAAAAUAAUGGGUGAGCUUGUUGGAGCCACAUGCCGUAAGUGCUGGUGAUGGGCUUUUUCCCUCUUGUCGCUGUUGUCUGCUUGUGAAAGCUGCACACUGUACUUUCAGUCUCUUGCAAUGAUUGUAAAAAAUGUGGAAAUAUUAAACUCCAUUUUGGUUGCAGCCA